AUGAAAGUAGUUUCCAUGGGCUGUAGUUAGGUAAACAGCAGAAUGUGAAACCCAAAAAAAGCGGGAAAAGUCCACGCGAUUAACAAGCCUUUGUUUUCAGUUUGCGUUGUACUAUCAUAAGGUCAGUCAAGUGAGCUUUUGAGCUUUUGAAAAUGAAGAGCUCAUUAAGAUUGACGGAUGUAGUCCAAGAAAUCCUUCCAACGAGACAAGACAGGAUCAAUUCUCUCCAGAUUGCAGCUUCUGGUAGACGAAAUACCAUUCAUGCGGUUGCUAUUGCCAGCUUGUCGGCCCAAAAACGAAUUCCAAGUGUCGUUGAAGAUUAUACAUCUAGAACUAGAAAAGCUUACAGAGAAAGAAGGGCUUCGUAUCAUAAGCAGAUUAGGAGUACACACAAGCACAAGACUGAAUUCACAACCAUCCAGCAAGAAAAAAUCAAGCCCCUUGAUCGAUUCCGCAAAAUAGUUCGAAUGGUUAUCCUUCUUCGACAAGCGUUCAAAAACAUCGUGUUCUACGCCACUGAAAGAGGAAAACACGAAGAGAUUACUUCUGAGAACGCCAUGACUCUCAAAGCAACUGCAAAAGGAACUGUCAAGGAUUUGAUGUUCAACCCUGGAGAAUAUAAGUCUGACUUUAGGAACACAUUCCCUACAUGGGCAAAACACCUGACCACCAAACCCCCAGAAGAGAGAACAGACGAGGAGAUCAGGUUGUUGAUUCGAUUGCUGAAGCAGCUAAAGGGUUUCAGACGAUACAGCCCUGAAGUACAACUUUCUAUGUGUAGAGUACUCAAAUAUGACUUGUAUAAUCGUAGGCGCGUCAUUAUUCGCAAAGGUCACAUUGCCCAGCGGUUAUACUUCAUAUUUAGUGGUUCAGUGUGCGUGACGGUUGAUGAUGAUGACGAGCAUUCCAUGUUCUCUCAACAAAGUUCAGGAGAAACGUCUAUUUUACAGCGAGGAGAUUAUUUUGGCGAAUUAGCUUUCUUAAAGAAUUUCAGACGUGGAGCAACGAUAGUUUGUUUAGAGAGGACAGAAUUACUGUCCAUGGAUAAAGAGGAUUUCUUCUUGUCUGGGAUAGACAAGACUUUCACUAGAGACCUGGAAAGAAGGGUGGACUUCUUAAGAAAUCAUCCAAUCUUUGCAACGUGGCCAACGAGUACUAUACGAAUUCUUGCCGAAAUCAGUCGGAUACACGAAUACCACAGCGAGGAGGUGCUGGUUAGAGAUUCCAAUAAAUCAGGCUGGUUGUUCCUCAUUAUCAAGGGCGAGUGUGAUAUUGUUCGCCUCCUUGACCUCAGUGCUUGCGAUUCCUACAUCAAACAUCAAAACAGACAUCGAGGAUCUUCCGCUGGACACAAAAUACUGCCUUCUCAAAGUAUCAACCUUGCUGGGUAUUUAUCGCCCAACUCUCCGAUGCUCAAACCUCUUCUCUCCGACGACACAGAGGAGGAAGACGAUGCGGCUAUCUCUUCGUCCAUCUCGGAGAUCAACAUCCACAGCUCCGACGCUGGCGAAGUUGCAUCGAUUCGCAAUCGUACUAAAUCGGCGUGUUCAAGGACAACACGGUGCUCUGAGGACAGGUCUACGGAGCGAGGAUUUUCAGUAGUAGGUUCUAGGACAAGGAUUGCUAAAGAUAUGAAGAAGUCAGAAUGCGAUGAAAAGAGGAAUGGUACAGGAAGUGAGGAUGUUGGAGUGGGAGUUUACAUGGUUGUUGAUAAGCUGAAACCAGGACAGCUUUUUGGGGCAUGGUCCGUGAUCACCCAAGAAGAAGGCUCACGAAUCAAAAUCCCAGCCGAUAAAAGAAGACUCACCCUCAUCAGCAGAGGAUGCGAAAUCAUCAAAAUCUCUAAAGAAGGUUUUAAAAAAUUCGCCAACAGUGAGAGCAUCGCGAUCAUGAGACAGUUAACAAGGUAUUACCCCAGCGAUGAGAAGCUCUGUCGAACAUAUUUAAAACUGAGCGACUGGAAGUCUUAUCGUGAGGAGUUAGUGGAAAACGUACUGGAGAAGAGAACGAAAGAGCAUGAGAUGGCAAUGGGAUUGUGGAGGGCGCAAAGCACACGAGCUUCGCCCGUACCUUCGCCGUUAUGUUCGGUCAAACCGUGGCAGCCUGUGAAUUCUAAAUGGGAAUAUUUCCCGAGAAGUGGAUGGGAGGCGUCCAAGGUUACUCACCCUGUCAUUGRAGCGGGUGUAAAACGAAAGAUUCGUAAAGCCAGCAAGACCAACAAAACGAUGAUGACGACAGGAACUAUUAUUGGUCGUGGUAAAGGACCACGACAGACAAAAACCCGUCCAUCCAUGAGCCAUCCCGUGACCCGCGGGAUGUCACAACAGGUCAGCGUGACAAGUCACUCAUCAAUGCCCUCUCAACAUCAUAAUAGUCGUUAUCCACAGAACUCACAGCCACUGGUAGGAGAUAAGCUGGUCAUCGCCAAAGGAAGUCAGAGGGCUCUAAUCUUGACACAUGGGGGAAUAAGAUGUAAUGAAUUUAUAAGAGAAGUUGAACAAAGUAAAGCUUAAAACUCUAAUCUUGACACAUGGGGGGAUAAGAUCUAAUGAAUUUAUAAGAAAAGACCUUUUUAUCACCUUAGUUUUUGGA